AUGUGCAAAGCUGGUGAUGUACCUGUUGUGAAGGGCGAUAAACUCAGUAAUGAACAGUGUUCAAAGAAUGAUUUGGAAAAGGAUGCCAUGAAGACUAUUCCUUAUGCUAGUGCCAUUGGUAGCCUAAUGUAUGCACAAGUAUGUACAAGACCUGAUAUCGCCUUCAUUGUUAAUGUUCUUGGUAGAUAUUUAUCGAACCCUGGACAUGAUCAUUGGGUUGCUGCAAAGAAAGUCAUGAGAUAUCUACAAAGAACGAAGGAUUUUAUGCUUGUAUAUAGGAGGGUGGAUAAUCUCCAGGUAGUUGGAUACUCAAAUUCUGAUUUUGGUGGUUGUUCUGAUGAUCUCAAAUCUACUUCAGGAUACAUUUUUAUGUUAGCUGGUGGAGCCAUUUCAUGGAAAAGUGUCAAACAGAGCCUAAUUGCAUCCUCGACCAUGUAUGCGGAGUUUGUAGCUUGUUAUGGUGCAUCAUCUCAAGCUGUUUGGCUAAGAAAUUUGAUUUUAGAGUUGCAAGUUGUUGAUUCCAUCUUUCGACCCAUUGUGAUUUAUUGUGACAAUAAUGCAACUGUGUUCUACUCUAAGAACAAUAAGAUUAGUACGGGUUCUAAGCAUAUGGAAAUCAAGUACCUUACAGUCAAGGACUUAGUGAAGAAAAGAGAUAUUGUGAUUGAGCACAUAAGAACUGAGUCCAUGCUAGCUGAUCCUCUAACUAAAGGUUUAAAGCCCAUAACAUUCAAGGAGCAUGUUGUGAAUAUGGGCGUCAUUAAGUCUUUUGAUUCUUUGGUUUAG